UGUGCCAGUGCUCAGCUCUUCUUUUGAACCCGCUCCCAGCCUCUGAGAGUUUCCCAGUUAUUAUUUCCCAUAAGCCUCUGGGUGCAAACUAACCUCGUCUCCGUGUCCCUUUCCCGUGUCCUCAAGGUUUUUGGACUCUGCGCGUGCCACCAAGUUCCUAAGAAGGACCUCGAGAAGAAGAAAAUAAAUUUUACCAAUUUAGAAAUCAAGAUUCACACUCUGAAGGUGGUUUACCUAAUUUGUGUUGAUUGUCAGGAGACUCUUCACAGUGAAAGUGUCUCAUUAAAUUGAUGAGCAACAGCUACAGGAUGUUCAAGAACUGUUCUGGCUUUUCUGGAUUCUGUGCCUCACCAAUAGAGGAACCUCAUGGAGCAUUAAUUAGUUCUUACAGUUCUCGAACCAUGACUGAUGGAUUGGUGACAUUCAGGGAUGUGGCCAUCAACUUCUCUCAGGAGGAAUGGGAAUGCCUGGACCAUGCUCAGAGGGACUUAUAUCUGGAUGUGAUGUUGGAGAACUACAGUAACUUGGUGUCACUGGAUUGGGAGUCAACAACAUAUGAGACCAAAAAAUUAUUUUCAGAAAAGGAUGUUUUUGACAUAAAUUUUUCUCAGUGGGAUAUAAAGGAAAAAAGUAAAACCCUUGGCCUUGAGGAAUCCCUUUUCAGAAAUAAUUGGAAACACAAAAACAAAUUUGAGGGACUACAGGGACAUGAAGAGGGAUGCUUCAGCCAGAUGGUAAUCAGCUAUGAAAAAAUGCCAACUUACAGAAAAAGUAAAUCUCUUACUUCACAUCAAAGAAUUCACAGUAGAGAAAAACCCUAUGUUUGUAAGGAAUGUGGGAAGGCAUGUAGUCAUGGCUCAAAACUUGUACAGCAUGAGAGAACUCAUACAGCUGAAAAACACUUUGAAUGUAAUGAAUGUGGGAAGAAUUAUUUUAGUGCCUAUCAACUCACUGUGCAUCAGAGAUUUCAUACUGGUGAGAAACCUUAUAAAUGUAAGGAAUGUGGGAAGACCUUUAGUUGGGGAUCAAGCCUUGUUAAACAUGAGAGAAUCCAUACUGGGGAGAAACCCUAUGCAUGUAACGAAUGUGGAAAGGCCUUUAGCCGUGGCUAUCACCUUACUCAACAUAAGAAAAUUCAUAUUGGUGUGAAAUCUUAUGAAUGUAAGGAAUGUGGAAAGACCUUUAUUUGGGGUUCAAGCCUUGCUAAACAUGAGAUAAUUCAUACAGGUGAGAGACCUUAUAAAUGUAAAGAAUGUGGGAAGGCCUUCAGUCGUGGCUAUCAACUUACCCAGCAUCAGAAAAUCCAUACUGGUAAGAAACCUUAUCAAUGUAAAAUAUGUGGAAAGGCUUUUUGUUGGGGCUAUCAACUUACUAGACAUCAGUUAUUUCAUACCGGUGAGAAACCCUAUGAAUGUAAGGAAUGUGGAAAGGUCUUUAAUUGUGGGUCAAGUCUUAUUCAGCAUGAAAGAAUCCAUACGGGUGAGAAACCUUAUGAGUGUAAACACUGUGGAAAGGCCUUCAGUCGUGGCUAUCACCUUACUCAACAUCAGAAGAUUCAUACUGGUGAGAAACCUUUUGAAUGUAAGGAAUGUGGGAAGGCCUUCAGUUGGGGUUCAAGCCUUGUUAAACAUGAGCAAGUCCAUACUGGUGAGAAAUCCUAUGAAUGUAAAGAAUGUGGGAAGACCUUUUGUAGUGGGUAUCAACUUACUAGACAUCAGCUAUUUCAUACUGGUGAGAAACCCUAUGAAUGUAAGGAAUGUGGAAAGGCCUUUAAUUGUGGAUCAAGUCUUGUUCAACAUGAAAGAAUCCAUACGGGUGAGAAACCUUAUGAGUGUAAACACUGUGGAAAGGCCUUCAGUCGUGGCUAUCACCUUACUCAACAUCAGAAUAUUCAUAUUGGUGAGAAACCUUUUAAAUGUAAGGAAUGUGAGAAGACCUUUAGUUGGGGUUCAAGCCUUGUUAAACAUGAGAGAGUCCAUACUGGUGAGAAACCCUAUGAAUGUAAAGAAUGUGGCAAGGCCUUUGUUAGUGGGUUUCAACUUAAUGUUCAUCAGAGAUUUCAUACUAAUGAGAAACUUUAUCAACAUAAGGAAUUUGAGAAGACCUUGAUUCAUGCCUCAAACUUUGUUCAACAUGCAAGAACUCAUAGUAAUGAUAAACCCUAUGAAUAUAAAAAAUAUGGGAAAGCUUUUACAUGGACAACUUACUCAAAUGAGAAAAUAGAUACUGGUGAAAGCUUAUGAUUGAAAGAUGUGAAAGAACACUUUGUGUGUGUGUUGGACAACUUAACAUGAAAAGAAUGCUUAUUCUCGAGAAACCCUAUGAAUGUAAAGAAUGUUCAAAACCAUUCAUUCCUAUAUAAUGGAUAAUUUACUUGAUAUCAGCAAAUUCAUACUAGUGAGAAAUACAUAUUUUGAAUAUAAGGAAUAUGAAAAAGCCUGUAAACUUCUGUAUAAUCUU